AUGUUACCUGAACAAUUAGAAAUGCUUAGACAAUCGAGAAGACAAAAACGUACAUAUGCAACCACUUUAGAGACUAAUUCAAGCACUACUAUAUCAUCUAAUAGUGUUAACUUAAUCACUGAAGAGCUUUCUUCAACUAUUUCAUCAUUUAAUAUUUCUACAAACAAUCUCGCAACAUUUUCAGAUUCGUUAACAAAUAUUUCUUCAAGUAGCGUUACUACUAUCAAAUCAG